AUGCUAACCGCAAAUCCCUCGGAAAAGGUAUACGCUACAAUUUAAAUCCAUAGUCUGAUUCAUAUUAGGAAGCGAACAUUUUACAGACACAGGCUGUAAACCUGAGAUUUUUUUUUACAUUGUCAUUUUCUUGAUAUAUAUAUUUUUUUUUAGUUUAUUGUGGAUGUCAUUCUCCAACAAAGUAUAAAUUAUAAAAAAACAAAUCACAUUAAUAUGUACAUAUUACAUAUGUUCUGUAAUCUACAUUAACUGAAUUUCUAUUUGUUUAGGUGGAUUUCAUUAGAGCACCCCCAGCAGAACUAUUUGUGGAUGUUCCUUCUGGAGUGAAAUUUCCCGUGUGUCCUAAACAACCUGUCCAGUUCUGUACCACCAAGCUCUCGGAAAAGGUAUUUAAUACUAAUCCAGACGAGUAAGCAGAUAUUUUCAAGACAAUUGAAAUAGAGCUACGGAUUGAUAUGAAGGGUUGUAUAUUUAAUGCCAAACCAUGGAAAUGAUCAAUUAAAGUAAGCAUUAAAAGAUUUUAUAAAUUAGUAUCUCACAUCAAUCAUUAGUUCUAUUGUAGAUUAUUAACUCUUCUACCAUAUAAAAAAAUAGCUGAAGUGGAUAAGCAUUAGUCUACUAUGUUUAACCUACUAUGUUUAACCUUUCAAACAAUCCCCAAUUAUUUCAUAUAUUGGUUGUUUUAUGCUAAUGAGUGUUCUUCAGAAUAGGUUUACAGAAUGAGUGCACAAAUGUUUUAUGUUAUAAUGUUUUUGCAGCUUUAUAAGCCAAGUCCAUCAUUUGACCUUGAGGAUCCAUAUUGUCGUUUGAUGAGGACAACCUACAAUAACCUGCAUGACCCAUACUUAAAAGAAUAUUACCAGAGUAAAGUACCCCGACAACGGAUACGUCAGCAGGGAUUUAUCACCAGUGAUGAUAAGGUAGGAUAAAAAAAACAAAAACAAGCAACAUGCCACUACCAUUUAAUUUUACACUAACAUAUUGCAUACAUAAAUUUAACUGAAUGACAUUGAAUUAAAAGAAAAUCUCUUGUUUAGGUUGUUUGCUCUUUAAAAGAGUACAACGAGUACAGGGAGUACCUCUCAAGCAUACAUAGAAAGAAAAUGAAAAACGUAAGUUGGAUUCAGAUUUAUAGUAAAAACAGUCAACAUAGUAGACAAAGUGUAAUUUUCAGUGGGAUGAUAUUUAGCUACUCAAAUUAAAAACAAUUUUAAAAAGAUGAAAUAAUAAUAAUAAUCUGUUUGUUUUUUAGAAGUUAGAGAAACAAGGAAGACAAAAUUCGUCUUCUAACCAAUGA